AUGGCGUUCAACAGUUCGUCCGCUAACUAUUCCAGUGUCAUUUCGCAUUGUUCAAUAGAUCGAUAUGUAUCAUCUGCAGUAACAUCGGCAAUAAAUGGCGUCUUUUCACCUAUCGCUUUGAUAACCAAUGCCUUGAUUGCUAUUGUGAUAUGGAGAGAACCAUCGUUACGAAAUCCUUCUAACUUUAUGUUAGUUGGUCUUGCAUCUGUGGAUUUUAUAACUGGUYUUCUCUUACAGCCGAUCUUCAUAAUGAAUCAGAUCUCACAUUUAACAUGUAGCAAUUAUAAAAGAUUGUUUGGUGACAUAUUGCUGUCCUUUAUGAUUCUAUGCAGUGGAAGYGCAUUUGUCAUYAUCGCUGGCGUGAGUUUAGARAUGGYGCUGGCCUUGGAGUUUCAUCUUCGUUAUCAUUCAGUAGUCACUAACACUCGUAUUGCGAUAUUCUUGAUUGCCACAUGGAUUGCGUGUGGUAUUGUAGUCGUUGUGCAUGCAAUUUUCCCGGAACAGGACACAUUCAACUACCCUGCUAUUAUUUUCAUCUCUUUGUGCGUCGUUAUCACCAUAAUUUCGCACAUCCGAAUUUUUAUAACCGUACGGCGUCAUAGGCGUCAGAUAGACCGAACCAGAACCAGUGUCGACAAUAAUGAAAUGGGUACAAGACUGGAACGAAUUGCCGAAGAAACAAGAAGAGCAAUGAACUUAGUCACCAUCAUUGUAUUGUAUUGUUUCUUUUACUCCCCGCAAUUUAUCCUUCAAAUUUACAAGGUUGUUAAUAACAUUCAAGGUGGGAUUUCUGAAGGUUUCGCUUGGACUGAGACGAUCAUGUUCCUCAGAGCAUCAGUCAAUCCUUUAGUAUGGUUUUACAAGAGGACCGAGCUGAGGACAUMUUUGAAGAGAAUGUGGACUUUAUUUUGCCACUAA